CAAUUGGCUUGAGGGCUCUGGCGGCCAGGGCUAUAAGGCAGGGAGGGCCCGGGAGCCGCCAGCUCGCAGCCCCUCCAGCCAUCGCCCCCCGGAGCAGCCGAGCCGGGACGCACCAUGGCGCUGAGCGACACGACCCUGCCCUCGUUCGCCACCUUUGCCAGCCCCUGCAGGGAGAAAACUUUCCACGAAGUGAGUGUCCGCGAAGCGCCCGGGCAGGCCGGGGGCCCCCGCCGUGACGUGCCAGGCAGGAGAUGGAAAUGUGACCAGGAGGACAAGGCCCCUGUCAACAGCUGCACCAUGCCAGAACUAAGGCCUGGACUGGGCAGCCUCUCUCCUCGCAAAGAGGAUGAAGAUCUCAACAACGUUUUGGAUUUUAUCCUUUCCAUGGGCAAUGACAACUUCAGCCAGAACUCACCUAGUGGGGACUAUCCCUCAGCACAGACCGAGCCUAGCAGCUUCUACCAGACAAAUCCAUCUUCUGGAUGCUACAGUUCCCUGGGCCAGAGCAAUCCACCUCCUUACAACUCCAGCCUCAUGUCAGAGAUGAUCAGAUCUGAAAUGGACUCAAACUUCUGCCUCCCUAACCAUGUCCAGGGACGAUUCUUUGUGACAUCCAGCUUUGGGAGCCCACACUUUGUGGACAACAUUAAACCAGAACCUGACAUGGACAGUUAUGGGCCCGUCAUGGGUCUCGUCCCUCAGACAUGCCCUAAGAUCAAGCAAGAAGGCAAUGCAACCUGCAUGAUGGCCUAUGAGCAGCCCAGGAUGGCCAGCUCACCCCAGAUCCCUGGCACAGAGACACCCCCUCUGAGCCCUGACGACCUCAUGGUGACUGACUGCCAAGCACAGAUGAUCUGCCCCUCGUCAAUGUCAUUCCAACAAAGCUAUCACCCUGCCACAGGCUUCCACCAUCACCAGACCCACUUCCAGUACCAGAGUGCCUCUCAGUUUGGCUUGUUUGAGGACAGCCUGCCCUUGCAACCCUCAGCUCCAAGAGGCAUGCUAACUCCUCCUUCCUCUCCCUUGGAGCUGAUAGAUUCCAAGCCCAAAAGAGGGCGACGAUCCUGGCCCAGGAAGAGGACAGCCACACACACAUGCACCUAUGCAGGCUGUGGGAAAACCUAUACCAAGAGCUCCCACUUGAAGGCACACCUUAGAACACACACAGGUGAGAAACCUUAUCACUGUAACUGGGAAGGCUGCGGCUGGAAGUUUGCUCGCUCUGAUGAACUGACUCGUCACUAUCGCAAGCACACUGGCCACCGGCCCUUCCAGUGCCACCUCUGUGACAGGGCUUUCUCUAGGUCAGACCACCUGGCUCUGCACAUGAAAAGGCACAUGUAGCUAUAGAGACUCUGUACUGCACAUCAGACAUUAUUUAACUGCUCAGGUGCAGAAUCGUUCAAAAAUCUGUAGCUGGUACUACUUACAGAGGCAACAAAGCUCUAGCCAUGGAUGGUAAGGAAGAAUUUGACUCAAGGAGGUUUAGCCUGUCAUCUCCUGAAGAGAAUUUAAAGGGACUGUAUCAGUGUGACUGUCCGCUUCACUCAAGAGAAUAUGGUUUAUUUAUAGAGCUUCUGUGAAGGGUAAACUCAACAAGACUCCAUGCAGAUUGUAUAGAAGAAGCUGUAAAUACUGUAUCUCUGAUUGUAAUUGCCCAAUACAUAAGCUUUAUAAGACAAUGUUUGUAUGGAAACUGCCUGAAGUCAACCCUAGAUGGGAUUAAAUGAAUGUUACUGUCGCUGAUGAUAUUUUUAGAUUGCAGUUGAAGGCAUGGCUAAGAGAAACACUCUGAUUGUUAGACUAUUUGUUUCAUUGGUGCAAUAAUAUUCUUGUCUGCCAUGAUCUACACUAGAAGUACAGGGCUUGAUGUCUUGUAAAAAAAAUAACCUAUUUUACUGAUUUUUUUUUAUAUAUAUUGUAAAUAAUUUUAUAAAUUGAGAAAUGUUGUAAUGUAUUAUGUAAAUAAGACAAAUGGGCAUUUUGCCUAUUUCUGUUUUUAUAAAAAAAAAAAGUAGCAAUUUUUCAAUGUUUUAAAACAUUCUCCCUUUUUAAUAAAAUAAAUGUUUAAGAGAUGUGAUCACACUUUAAAUCCUUAUUUGAGAGCCAGUCAUUAUCCUUCCCAACAGCUGGAUCAGCAGCCUCCUGGAAAUGUUUUAAACAACAACAAAUUAUAGGAGGACAUUAAAAAAAAAAUCAGGUCACUGUUCUAAAAACAGGACAAAAUUAGGUGUAAAACUCAUGCUCAAUUAUAGUUGAACUACAUAAAAUUCAAAGUUAUAUCAAAUAGGAAAGUGUUUCACAUUCAACAUGUACUUCCUAAAAAUGUUUGUUCAGGUAAAAAGUAAGCAACACUGUAAUUUCAGUCUCAUUUCUAGUUUAUGCUGGACUAUUUUAAUAGCAUCCUUAAUGUUUUCCAGAUGUAGUCACAGUUUUGCCAGCAGUAUGUGGGUUUUUACUAUAAAUUUAAACACUGCAUUUUUGUAAUUAUGGAGGCUUAUUUUAAGGCAUCUUUGUACAUAAAUUACCCUUGCUCUCAAGAGCUGAGUGCAAAAGUCCUACAGAACAGUAGUUAAAUGUUUAAACUUUUUUUCUUUUUAACACAAUUCUCCCACAGAGUUUGGCUAAAGUUUCUUUUUAAUACACUCCUAGAAUAAAAGUUAAUUGAAUGCAUUAUAAAGAUGCACAGAUUACGAGAGUGAAUAAACACAUUUUUGUAUUGGAGCUAGAUAACCUAGUCAAGAGUCCCAAUUACUGUAAACUAAUUUAAAACAAACUGAGUAUUGUGAUUGUAACAGUGCAGAGGUGAAUUGAGUCCACUGAAACCAUAAGGAGUUACUCCAGACCUACAUUGCUGUAAAAGAAGAUCAGAAUCUGGCCCAAUUUCUAUAUUCAUGCACUUAGUCUAAAAUUUAUAGUGGAUAUACUUCAUUUUUACUUUUUAGAGCUAGGAUUUCACACUAUUGGAGUAAAAUUAUAAUAAUGAUUAAUUAGUAUAGUAUUAUGAAAAUGUUUUUCCUAAAAUGUAUACACUUGGAUAUUUUAGUAUAAGAAAUAGAGUUGGGAUUUUUUUUCUGACUUUACAAGUUAUACUGCACAUGAAUGAAAUCAACAGGAAUGUAUUUAAAGUCAUUGCAAAUAUAGCUAUUCUUCUGUGAAA